AUGGGGUAUGAUCCCAGGGAGUCGUCGUCGUCGUCGUCGUGGAGGUCGCUCCUGGAUAGCUGCCUCGGUGCGACCAGGGCGGCAGGAGAUGAGGUCCGGGCGAGCCACGAACCGGCCGGGCAGCAGGCGCCGUUCGUCGCUGACAAGGACCGCUUGUCGUCGCCGGUGGCGUCCGGCUCUGACCUGCACGCGUUCACCUACGCGGAGCUGAGAGCGGCGACCGGCGGCUUCGCUUCCCGCAACAUAAUCGGGGAGGGCGGGUUCGGCGCUGUAUACAUGGGCUCCCUGGAGGACGGCGUCAGGCCGGGGCUCGUGGCGCAGGCCGUCGCCGUCAAGCGGGGGUUGGCCGACGACUACGUCGAGGAACUGCUGGAGGCGAUGUUGGUGGCGCAACUGCAGCACCGGCAUCCGAGCCUGGUGAAGAUGAUCGGUUACUGCUACCACGGGAACCAGAGGCUCCUCGUGUACGAGUUCAUGGGCCAUGGCAGCUUGGACAACUACCUCUCCAAACCUAUUCGUUCAGUGCUGCCGUGGUCAACCAGACUAAGCAUCGUGUUAGCUACCGCGAAAGGGCUGGCGUCCGUCCACGGAGAAGAAAAGCCAUUGAAUAACGAUGUCAAGAUCUCGCUCUCAGACCUAAGGGUCAAUACGAGAUCCCUCGAUGGCACAGAAGUCACCACUCGCGUGGGAAGAAGCAUGCGUGGUUGUGCGCCAGAGUACAUCAUCUUGGGCCACCUCACCAUGAAGAGCGUUGUAUACAGUUUCGGGGUGGUGAUGCUGGAGAUUCUGAUAACCGGCAAAACGUCUUUUGACUUAACCAGACCCGCCAAGAAACGGCACUCGGUGGAUUACGCGAGGCCAUGUCUCAAGGAUCCCCGCAGGCUAGCACGAAUCAUGGACAGGGCACUGAAAGGCGUCUACCCGGUGGCGGCGACACAGAAGGUGGCCUUGCUAGCGUACAAGUGCCUCCGUGCCAAUCCCAAGAGAAGACCAGCCAUGUCAGCUGUCGUUGAAGCACUCGAUCAGGUUACAACCAUCGCUGUUGUGGAGGAGACAUCCAUGAUAGUAUGA